AUGGCCGCACUCCGUGCAACUUCAAGAUGGGCAGUCUCUGGUACUCCAGUUCAGAACAGCCUACUCGACUUCCAUGGUCUCUUCAAAUUCCUUCAUUUCGCACCAUACGACGAUCCAAAAGUGUUCGAUGACGAUAUUUCGAGUAUAUGGCGUACAAAGUCCGUCGAAGAGGCUGGGGAAACGUUCAAGAAAUUGCUCUCGUGCAUGAUGAUCCGCCGAACGAAGGCUAUCUUGGAUCUGCCCAGCAAAGACGACCAUCUGAUGCGUGUGCCAUUCAACCACGAGGAAGAAAGACAUUAUCGCCAGAUAGAACAACCCGUCAUGGAUAUGCUGGAUCGCGACACGAGAGACGACAGGCAAACUCAUGCCCCUUGGAUGACUGCUAUACAGCAGAUCAACAAGCUUCGUCUUAUCUGCAACCUAGGCGUCUCCACUCCUUCGCAAGCCGACUGCGCCUCGCAACCCGGCGUCAAUCCCGAUGACAAGACAUCCGUGAUGAACACACGCUUCUCAAUGGACGGAGGAUCAUGCGAGCUGUGCUCCCAGCCAGUCGAACUAUCGACACUCGGCAAGAGAGCGCUUCGGUGUGAUCCAAAUCAAGUCAUUCAAUCCGUCCGAAUUGAUGGCAAGGUUACGCCGAAGAACCGCAGUAUCGCUACACGACAGCUUCAAGAUGAUCCUGGUAUUCGCGUCAUACUCAUCACCAUCGCCUGUGGUGCCUGUGGUCUGGACCUAACCGCGGCAUCGACAGUCCACCUCCUCGAACCUCAGUGGAACCCGUCUCUCGAAGACCAAGCACUUGCUCGCGUCCAUCGCCUAGGGCAGACUCGUCCUGUGACCACUAUACGCUAUGUCAUGAAAGACUCGUUUGAAGAGGUACUCACGCCGCGUUAUGUAUGGAAAUAUGGACUGACACGCGCAACGAUAGCACAUCCUCGAAGUUCAAGAUCGCAAGAAGCUGCUCGCCACAACGCUCCUAUCGAAUGGGUCUUCACUGGAGGCCAUCCCAACGCGCCACUCCGCGCAACCGUUGGAGCAGCUCAACCCACUCCGUUUAACUUCAAGGGACAAUGCCUGGCGAUGUUCAACUCGUACUCCCGCGCCGCAAUCCGACAAUUGAAUGAUGGUAUCAACGGAGGAGAGUUGUGCGUGCCAUGCCAGAUAGCUCUAGAAGAAGACGAGCGUACGGGCUUCGCUAGCAUUGGUACGUCAGCCUGGCUGAACAAUGGCUUCAGAGAAUACGAUGAAUACCAGCAUCUCACCGAGCCUGUUCUCUAUUGCGACUGUUGCCGUCAUGUUCUCCGCACUCGAGAGUUCCAGAAACAACAAGGAAGAGAUCAAAGUCCAUCGGUGGAUGCGCAGAAGUAUCCUGGGGACUUCAACGGGUUGACGACGUGUAUGUUUCUGCAUGAUGACGACCUGGAUCUGAAAGCGUAUGAGGUGGCAUUGAACGACUUCAAGAUCCAGAGAUCAGAGUAUAGUCGAACAGUGAGACAUCACUGGGCGGAUGUGGAAUUGAUCAAGAGUUGGCUCGGUGACUGUGAAAAGGAUCACGGCCAUGCCUGCAAUGAACACCAGAUGACAGUUACUGAUACUGGGUCGCUUUUGCUUCUGGAUGUUAUCGGUGAUUGUCUCGCGAUUGGGAACUUCAAGGAUCGGUAUUUCGCCUUGAGUUACGUUUGGGGCGCUUCGAAACAGUUCCUGACCCUGAUGGAGAAUUACGACCAGUUGCGCGAGCCCGGGACUCUCUCCAAGCAGCCUUUGACCCAGACCAUCAGGGACGCAAUGGCCUUUGUCAAGAGCCUGGGUGAGCGAUACUUGUGGGUUGAUACGAUGUGCAUCAUCCAAGAUGACGCUGCCAACAAAGCGAGCGCCCUCGCCCAGAUGUGCGCAAUCUAUAGUUGCGCCAUGGCCACGAUAGUGGCCCUAAACGGAGACUCCGCCGACGCCGGCCUACCUGGCGUACCGCCUACGGCCCGCAACACCAACGCAACCUUCGUCACCCCUGGACUACACAUGGUGGAGCGAUCAUCUUUGGAGAACAUGUUGGCAAAUCACACCUACGAUGGUGUAGACGUCGAUUGUGUAUACAACACGCGCGCCUGGACAUUCCAAGAACGAUUACUAUCGAAUCGGAGCAUCUACUUCCUCGGCGAACAGGUGUACUUUCAUUGCAAGAAGCAGCUUGUAUGCGAAGACAGAUAUAUCAGCGAUGACACCAGCUUCUAUACACUGGACAAGAUGCGCACGACAAGCGCAGAACUGAAGUCCAAGACUACUCGAGCUGGCACGUAUAGUCCACUGGACGAGUUUCGUUGGUACGAAGAGAUCAUCGCAGAAUACACGGCAAAGAAAAUGGGGUACCCGGACGAUAUCAUCAAUGCUUUCACCGGCACUCAGACUAUGCUAACUCGCAUGUUUGAUUGGCCAUUUGUCGGCGGCCUUCCGACUUCCCUGCUUGAUCUUGCAUUACUUUGGACCCCCGUCACUAGCAUCGAGCGGAGAUUGACUGCCUCUCAACAACCAAGCUGGAGUUGGUCGGGCUGGAUCGGGCGAGUUCGAUAUGCAGAUCUUGUGCGCCCAGGCCAUAGGCCGAUAAGCUCGUUGUUCAAGCCGCUCGCCAAACAUCAGCUCGCUAUGCCAGCUACGAUUGUGUUCGAGUGUAUGAGCGUCCCUCUGAAAGCGUUCGAACUCUCCAAGGCUCCAAGAGGGCUUUUUGACCCAUUCCAGAGCACAUCUAGCCCCAUCACCGAAGACUCAUACUACGUCUUCGACAGGAAUAAACGUCGCUGCGGCAUGCUCAUAGGCCUUCCGCAAGAGCACGUGCUUUCCAUCGCCAGUAGGGGCCUGAAGCUCCUUGCGCUGUCGGCGUGGAAGUCAAACAACAGUCUCACAAAGAACGGGCCAGUCAUCUCUCAUCUCUCGGAUAAUGGAUAUUUCUCAGACGAAGCGGUGUACGAUCAAGCUUUCUGCGAUGCAGAGUGGUGCACCUACAACGUCAUGCUCGUUCGCUCGGUAGGCGACGCGUAUGAGAGGGCUGCAGUGGGACAGAUGCACGUAGAGGCGUGGCAUGGAGCGGGUGAGACGCGGGGAAGGUUCGCGGUGAAUUAA